UUUUUUUUUUUUUUUGGCUUUUUUGUUUGUUUGUUUGUUUGUUUGUUUGUUUGAUCAUUUGACCAGCUGCGGUCAGUAAGCCUAUAUUCUGUUAAAUGAAAAGCUACCAGAUGACCGUGGCUAUUUAUAUUUGUAAUGUACUACCACCUUUGGUAUUGUAAAGCCUGAAAAUCUAGGCUACAUAUACAUGUAGGCUAUGGUGUGCGAAUACCUUCAGCAUAGCCUUUACGUGCUCGAAAAUAAUCAAUUCGCAGCUACGUUAAAUGCAAAAUACCUGGACCUAAACGAGUUGUUUGGAACGUAUUAGAGUCUUCCUCAACUCUGAUUUUGACAGAAGUAGGGUUUUCAGGGGGUCGUGAACCAACACGAUGAAGGGGGUGGCGAUUCUUGGACAAAUUACGCUAAAUCCCACCCUUUCAGGAAUGGGGGGGGGGGGCAGUGUAUAAAGUUUCCAUGCAAAAGAUUCUUCGUUCGAAGCAAUUCGGUUUAAGAGACGAACGUAAGCUCCGCGGACCGGACUGUGAUGGCAUCCACGGGGCUGCAGAUAUUGGGCAUUGCGCUGGCUGUGAUCGGAUGGCUUGGGGACAUUAUAAUAUGCAUACUGCCCAUGUGGAGGGUGACCGCAUUUAUCGGCAACAACAUCGUAACGGCUCAGAUUAUCUGGGAAGGUCUAUGGAUGACCUGUGUAGUACAGAGCACGGGCCAGAUGCAGUGCAAGGUGUACGACUCGAUGCUGGCUCUGCCUCAGGACCUGCAGGCAGCUCGCGCACUGGUCGUCAUUUCUGUACUUGUGGCUGUCUUCGGAAUUCUAUUGUCAGUCGUCGGGGGCAAGUGUACUAAUUGCAUUGAAGACGAAUCUGCCAAGGCUAAAGUUGCUAUUGCCUCUGGGGUCUUCUUCAUCAUGGGUGGAGUCCUCUGCCUGAUAACUGUCUGCUGGUCCGCAAACACCAUUAUUCGAGACUUCUACAACCCCUUGGUCACCGACGCACAGAGAAGAGAACUCGGUGCUGCGCUCUACAUUGGUUGGGGAGCCGCGGGAUUGCUUCUUCUAGGAGGAGGGAUUCUUUGCUGCCAGUGUCCGCCGAAAGAAGAUCGCCCAUACACAGCCAAAUAUUCUUCUGCUAAGUCUGCCGGUAGCGCAAAGGACUAUGUAUAAAUUGUUCUUGGACUCUUCAGGCCUUCAUCUUUCUUUUAGUAUUACUGAUUGCUCUGUUUCCUGCUGUUUCCACUCAAAUCUUGCUGUUUACUGUUACAGCGAAGUAUUAUUUUAUAACACUUUAUUUUUAAAUGAAUGUAUUAUUUGCCAGUUGACUUCUUUUUAUGUAAAUUAGCAUACUUUGUCAUUCUAAUCCCACAUUUAAGCCCAUAGAAACAAACCUUGCUGUUUAAAGUUUCAGGGAUUGCAAACAGACAUUCUUUUGUAUGUGUCGGUUAUCUAUUCUGUAGCCGUUUUACAGGUUAUUUCAUUCAGCACUUUUAGUCUUUUCCUGUAUUUUAAGUAGAACAUUAAGAUGCAAAAGAUAACAUACUUUAAACAAUCAGUAAAUGUAGUCACUAAGCUAAGCGCACUUGACGUUUUAACAUAAAAUGUUUUAACAUACCUUUGUAAACAUUACAAAAAUAAAGCUAUUUGUAUAAACUGA